CAUACUUUGGGCCUGGUGCGACAUUUAAUUCUUAUAAAGAAUUACGCGAUAAACAACGACUGUAUGAAAUAGAAACGGGACGUAGUUUUAAUAAAAAGCGUACGGAACCCAUUUCUAAGUUGAAAGACUACAACACCAAUCUUGUUUUUAAAAAAAUAUGGUUGCAAUGCGAGAGGGGUGGGCCUCCACGGGUACAACCGGGCAGUAAUUUCAAGUAAGUUUAUUGUUGAAAAUUAUCAUUAAAAAAAAAAAAUACUUUAAAAGCAUGAAUUAAGUUAAAUGAUUUUUAUUAUAUUUAACGUUCCAGAAGCGACAAAAUCAAUUGCGCAGCGGAAAUUAUCAUCGAAGCUGUCGAUGCUUCCACGUUGAUGAUUAAUAAAUUUGAGGAUAGACACAAUCACGAUCCGGAUUAUACUCCGAUCAAAAUUAUUUAUGAUACCAUGAACAAAAAAGUGACAGACAUGGUAAAACUAAAAAAUCUGUUGAAAGAGUAUGAAACUCCAGCAGCUACACCUGAAACAAAUCAAACACCCGUUAAGAUUACGCCAGCAGUUUCACAUGUACUUGAUAAUCAUAGUGAUGAAACUCCAGCAGCUACACCUGAAACAAAUCAAACACCCGUUAAAAUUACGCCAGCAGUUUCACAUGUACUUGAUAAUCAUAGUGAUGAAACUCCAGCAGCUACACCUGAAACAAAUCAAACACCCGUUAAGAUUACGCCAGCAGCUUCACACGUACCUGAUAACCAUAGUGAUGAAACUCCAGCAGCUACACCUGAAACAAAUCAAACACCCGUUAAGAUUACGCCAGCAGUUUCACAUGUACUUGAUAAUCAUAGUGAUGAAACUCCAGCAGCUACACCUGAAACAAAUCAAACACCCGUUAAGAUUACGCCAGCAGUUUCACAUGUACUUGAUAAACAUAGUGAUGAAACUCCAGCAGCUACACCUGAAACAAAUCAAACACCCGUUAAGAUUACGCCAGCAGUUUCACAUGUACUUGAUAAUCAUAGUGAUGAAACUCCAGCAGCUACACCUGAAACAAAUCAAACACCCGUUAAGAUUACGCCAGCAGUUUCACAUGUACUUGAUAAUCAUAGUGAUGAAACUCCAGCAGCUACACCUGAAACAAAUCAAACACCCGUUAAAAUUACGCCAGCAGUUUCACAUGUACUUGAUAAUCAUAGUGAUGAAACUCCAGCAGCUACACCUGAAACAAAUCAAACACCUGUUAAGAGUACGCCAGCAGCUUCACACGUACCUGAUAACCAUAGUGAUGAAACUCCAGCAGCUACACCUGAAACAAAUCAAACACCCGUUAAGAUUACGCCAGCAGUUUCACAUGUACUUGAUAAUCAUAGUGAUGAAACUCCAGCAGCUACACCUGAAACAAAUCAAACACCCGUUAAGAUUACGCCAGCAGUUUCACAUGUACUUGAUAAUCAUAGUGAUGAAACUCCAGCAGCUACACCUGAAACAAAUCAAACACCCGUUAAGAUUACGCCAGCAGUUUCACAUGUACUUGAUAAUCAUAGUGAUGAAACUCCAGCAGCUACACCUGAAACAAAUCAAACACCCGUUAAGAUUACGCCAGCAGUUUCACAUGUACCUGAUAAUCAUAGUGAUGAGACUCCACUAGCUUCACUUAUUCAUGGCAGAGAAGUUUUGACCCGAAAAAGAACCAGAAAAUGUAAAAAAUCAACUUUUACACAUAAAAAAUAUAAGAGUCAAAAUUGGACAUGUGCGCUCUGUAAUAAAAAUAGCGCAAUCCAAAUGCAAAUGUGUGACAAGUGCAAUACUUGGUAUCACUCAAAGUGUAUAAUCAAAAACAAAAAAACGAGCGAUCCACUGCAUACUACCAUAUGCAAGAAGAAUAAAAAAAAAUAAUAAUAUAAUAGUUAAUAAUAAUACUGCCGUAUGUAAAA